AUGCCAGAAAAAACUCAGCAGAAAGUUGCUGAAACCUUGACGGAAAUUGAUGCAGAUCCACAAAAUGCAACACUGGAAGAAUUGCAAAACACGGUGAUAGGGGCAGCACCCGAUGCUGCCACCUUUGGAGAAUUAAAAUUCAAGACCAAGACAAUGGAAUUUGUUCUACAAGCAGCAAAGAUAGAACAUUUACCCAGUGAACCAGCAACAUUAUCAACAGAAAAUGCAGCCAUUGAAAUGAAAUGGGAUGCGUUUGAAGGAUCACAUUCUGAUCUUGUCUAUAUUCUCGUCAUCGCCACCAAUGCCUCGACAUUCACAAAACGUCGUGCCUUCACUACCAACACGUCUGAAGACGAGCCAAAUUUGGGAUCGGAUGUGGUGACAGUUAGCAUCGGCAAUUCGGAGUCAGUGCAACUAUCUUCUCCCAUCACCAUGCGUAUGAACCUCACCCAGAAUAAAACAGGGAUGACGGUUAUGUGUGUUUUCUGGAACAAGACGAAGUCUAGCUGGGCAACUAAUGGGUGCAGUUUGGUUAAAUCAGACCAGAACUCCACAACCUGCGAGUGUACGCAUCUGACCAGCUUCUCUUUGCUGCUUUCAUCCACUCCAAUCCCGCCUGCCGAUGAGUGGAAUCUGAAAACUAUCACCUAUGUUGGAAUAAUUCUGUCACUGAUCUGCCUGUUUAUGUCGAUGGUUAUUUUCACCUAUUGCCGUUCGAUCAGCAGUGUUCGGAUCACAAUCCACAAACAACUCUGCCUGACGAUGUUCCUGGCCGAACUCCUCUUUCUCAUCAAUUCUUUCAAAGUUGCCAAUGAGAUUCUAUGCGUGGCUCUGGCCGUUUUGCUCCAUUACCUGUUCCUGUCGUGCUUUGCAUGGAUGCUGCUGGAGGGGGUGCAGCUUUACCUGAUGGUGGUGAAGGUCUUCCACUCACGCAGUCUUCGCAAAACCUACCUCUUCCUGGUCGGCUAUGGUGCGCCUCUCAUCGUCAUUAUCCCCAUGGCGGCCAACAGCAUGGAUGCCUACGACAAAAAAAUAUGCUGGUUGAACGUCGCAGCUGGAUACGUGUGGGCUUUUAUGGGGCCAAUCUGUGUCAUUAUUGCGUUGAAUACCAUUUUCUUCAUGAUUACCAUCUGGAAACUGGCUGAUAAAUUCUCCUUGCUCAGCACUGAUGUGCCUCACUACAAGAAAGUCAGGUCAUUCACGUUUACUGCAGUGGGCCAGCUCGUGCUCUUGGGUGGCACCUGGAUCUUUGGCAUCUUUCAUUUCGACAACAAUACCAUCUUCAUGGCUUACAUCUUCACCGUGCUCAACAGUUUCCAAGGCCUUUUCAUCUUUGUUCUCCACUGCCUGUGCAACAAACAGAUUCGCACUGAGUUACGCAAACGACUUUGCAAUGGUGCCUUCUCCACCAGCGCCGUCGUCAAACAGACCCAACAUACUUCCCUGGGAACCGACAAUCUCAAAUCAACCUCGGCCACCAAUGUUUACAACUGAAAUCCACGGCUCCCUUUGGCUUGUAGUUCGAUGCGACCACCCCCAUGUAUUUUAAUUCCUAUAUCUUGAGCUGUUGCUGUUUACCUUUGGCUGGCCUGACAGAAACACAGAAAAUAGGUGCAGGAGUAGGCCAUUUGGCCCUUCGAGCCAGCACCGCCAUUCAAUAUGAUCAUGGCUGACCAUCCAAAAUCAGUACCCCGUUCCUGCUUUAUUCCCAUAUCCCUUGAUUCCGUUAGCCAUAAGAGCUAAAUCUAACUCUCUCUUGAAAACAUCCAACAAAUUGGCCUCCUGCCUUCUGUGGCAGAGAAUUCCACAGAUUCACAACUCUCUGGGUGAAAACGUUUUUCCUCAUCUCAGUCCUAAAUGGCUGACCCCUUAUUCUUAAACUGUGUGACCCCUGGCCCUGGACUCCCCCAACAUGGGGAACAUUUUUUGUGCAUCUAGCCUAUCCAAUUCCUUAAGAAUUUUAUAUGUUUCUAUAAGAUUCCCUCUCAUCCUUCUAAAUUCUGGUGAAUACAAGCCCAGUCAAUCCAAUCUUUCAUGUCCUUUUUUAUCUGUUGCUGUGCCCUCUGAUCCUAACUCCCACACAUGGAAACAUCCUCUCCACAUCAACUCUAUCCAGGGCUUUCAUUAUUCGGUACCUUUGAAUGGGGUCUCCCCUCAUCCUUCUAAACUCCAGCGAGUACAGGCCCAAUAUCGUCAAACUCUCAAAAUGAUGUUCCUGCCCAGGAUCGAACUGGGGACCUUUCGCGUGUGAGGCGAGUGUGAUAACCGCUACACUACAGAAACCAACACACUCACCCCAGAUUAAAAACUAGCCCCACUAAACAUUCCCUUUCCCUAUCUUAACCUUCCCUAUGGAGUUGCAACCAUUAGUUACCUAAACACAACUCUUCAAUACUGAACACAGAAUCAUCAUUACAAUAGACAAUAGGUGCAGGAGUAGGCCAUUCGGCCCUUCGAGCCAGCGCCACCAUUCAAUGCGGACUCGAUGGGCCGAAUGGCCUAAUUCUACUCCUAUAACUUGUGAACUUUUGAACUUGAGUCCAUUCGAGCCCUCUUGUCCAUGCUGUCCUUUGCAUUGACAGACACAAGACCGUUAUAUUUUAGCUCACUACAAAGCACGCUACUUCGCCCAACACCUCUGCUCGGUCCGCAAUAACCAACCUGAUCUCCCGGUGACUCAGCACUUCAACUCCUCCGCCCAUUCCGAAUCCAACCUUUCUGUCCUGGGCCUCCUCCGCGGCCAGAGUGAGGCCCACCGUAAAUUGGAGGAGCAGCAACUCAUAUUUCACUUGGGCAGUUUACACCCCAGCGGUAUGAACAUUGACUUCUCCACUUUCAGGUAGUCCCUGCUUUCCCCCCUCUUUCCCCUCCCCUUCCCAGCUCUCCCACAGCCCACUGUCUCCGCCUCUUCCUUUCUUCUCCCACCCCACUACCCCCACAUCAGUCUGAAGAAGGGUCUCGACCCGAAACGUCGCCUAUUUCCUUCGCUCCAUAGAUGCUGCCUCACCCGCUGAGUUUCUCCAGCACGUUUGUCUACCUUAGUAUAAGGCGUUUGUCACGUGGGCUUUUCAAAGGAAUACAAGGAAAACAAACCCUUUGGGACUCUGUUCACCCUGUUUCUGCUCCGAACGUAUGGCGAGCCAGAACAGAUUGUUACACCUCAGGAACAGAUGUGUCUUAAUCAUUUGACCCAGCAAUUUGUAACUGUGCAGCAUGGCCCAAGUUGCCAUAUUGUAAGGCAAUGCUUCGGGCCAGAAAAUGCAUGAUAGUUAUUGGUAUAAGGAUGUAGACUUCAUUAAUGUAAUCACAUUAGAGUUUUUGAUUUUGAUAGUUAACAAUUUAACUUAAAGAUUUAAUGAUAUGAAAUAUAGUAAUUUGAAUAUUAAUAUUUUAAUCAGAUAUUUUUCAUUUUUUUAAAUAUAAUAUUAUAGUUAUUAUUAUUAAUAUGUACUCUGUGGGACAUCUAUUGUGCCAAUUCACAGUUAUAACUUUGUGUUUCACAUAUAUAUAUACAUACUAUGCGUGCCUUGUAAGUAUUGUGCCUGACUAACAUUGUAAUUGAGUAGAUUUCAAAAUAAAAAGGAGAUU